CGUGGGCCCGCGCGGCCUAGAAGCCGUGACUUCGAAGACACGGGGCGACCGCGGCCUCGCUCGCAAAGACAGCCUAGCGGCGGUGUGCUGAGGGAGGCACUGCUCGCGGCCGGAACGCCCCGGAACGGUCGCGGGCCCGGGGCGGGGCUCGAGGCGGCGGUAGAAUUACCGGUCCCUUCGCGGAGCGGCCAGCUGUGGGGUGAGGGACCAGCGCGAGAUAGUGGCUUCGGCGCUUCGUUCCGUGAAGCUGCAGGCGGGCUUCUCUUUUUCUCUUUUCCCUUGUGUUUGUGAUCCAGUUCUGAGACAUCACUGGAUACGGAGUUCUUGCGCCCUGCAAGUAACCUUGGCCGCCCACCCAGACGCCCAGCCAGGAAGGUACUACUGUACUAGAGUUUGGUAGGAAAAAGAUCGACUUAUUGAAGCUUUCUUGAUAUAGAAAGAGAUGUGGGGGGAUUCUCGAUCUGCUAACAGAACAGGACCUUUUCGUGGGAGCCAAGAAGAAAGGUUUGCUCCCGGGUGGAACAGGGAUUAUCCUCCUCCUCCCCUUAAGAGUCAUGCUCAAGAGAGACACUCUGGCAACUUUCCUGGCAGAGAUUCACUUCCCUUUGAUUUCCAGGGGCAUUCAGGACCUCCCUUUGCAAAUGUAGAGGAGCAUUCUUUCAGCUAUGGAGCUAGAGAUGGACCACAUGGUGACUAUCAAGGAGGGGAGGGACCUGGACAUGAUUUCAGAGGAGGAGAUUUUUCAUCCUCGGAUUUCCAGAGCAGAGAUUCAGCGCAGUUGGACUUCAGGAAUAGGGAUAUACAUUCUGGGGAUUUUCGGGAUAGAGAAGGAACACCUAUGGACUACAGAGGUGGAGAUGGUACUCCUAUGGAUUAUAGGGGCAGGGAGACACCUCAUAUGAAUUACAGAGACAGAGAUUCUCACCCUGUUGACUUCAGAAGUAGAGAUGUUCCUCCAUCUGACUUUAGGGGGCGGGGUACAUAUGAUUUAGAUUUUAGAAGCCGAGAUGGGCCCCAUGCAGACUUUAGGGGAAGAGAUUUAUCAGAUUUGGAUUUUAGAUCCAGAGAUCAGUCUCGUUCUGAUUUUAGGAACAGAGAUGUAUCUGAUUUGGACUUCAGGGAUAAAGAUGGAACACAGGUAGACUUUAGAGGCAGAGGUUCAGCUACUACUGAUCUAGACUUUAGAAAUAGGGAUACACCACAUUCGGAUUUUAGAGGUAGACACCGUUCUAGGACUUACCAAGAUUUUAGGGGCAGAGAGGUAGGACCUUGUAUGGAAUUUAAAGAUAGGGAGAUGCCUCCUGUGGAUCCAAAAAUUUUGGAUUACAUUCAGCCUUCUACACAAGAGAGAGAACAUUCUGGUAUGAAUGUGAACAAGAGAGAAGAAUCCACACAUGACCAUACAGUAGAAAGGCCUGCUUUUGGUGUUCAGAAGGGAGAGUUUGAGCAUUCAGAAACAAGAGAAGGAAAAACACAAAGUGGAACCUUUGAACAUGAAUCUCCAUCAGACUUUCAGAACAGCCAAAGUCCGGUUCAAAACCAAGACAAGCCAAAGCUUUCUGGAAGUGAUCAGCAGAGUUCAGAUACUGGUCUGCUUAAAGAAGAAGGUGAUUUGGACUUUCUUGGCCGACAAGACACUGAUUACAGAAGCAUUGAAUACUGUGAUGUGGAUCACAGGUUGCCAGGAAGCCAGAUAUUUGGCUAUGGCCAGAACAAGUCUUUUCCACAGGGCAAAAUGUCCCGAGAUGCCCAACAGGAGCUUCAGGAUCAAGAUUAUAGGACUGGCUCAAGUGAGGAGAAACCUAACAGACUUAUUCGAUUAAGUGGGGUGCCAGAAAAUGCCACAAAGGAAGAGAUUCUUAAUGCCUUUAGGACUUGUGAUGGCAUACCUGUGAAGGAGUUGCAGUUGAAGGAGUAUAAUACAGGUUACGACUAUGGCUAUGUCUGCGUGGAGUUUUCACUCUUGGAAGAUGCCAUCGGAUGCAUGGAGGCCAACCAGCUGCUUCUCAGUGUCUGCAUGCAGAAGUCAAACAGGAAGAAUCUCUGCAACAGUAUUGUGACAGGGAAACUCAUCAGAGUAUGUGUAUUAGCUGUCUGGAGAAAUAACUUUAUCAAAUAUGAAGAUGGAACUCUAAUGAUACAUGAUAAAGAGGUCACUCUUGAGUAUGUACCAAGUCCAGAUUUUUGGUACUGCAAACGUUGUAAGACAAGCACGGAUGGGCAUCAGUCUUGUUCGUUCUGCAAAAGCCCUAAGGAAGAAGUAAAGCAAGAACUAGUAUCCUAUCCUCAACCUCAGAAAACAUCCAUACCAGUACCCUCAGAAAAACAACCUAACCAGCCACGGCCAACUGAUAAGGAACAUGAAUUCAGGAAGCGGGAAGAAGGACAAGAAUCAAGAUUGGGACAUCAAAAAAGAGACACGGAAAGAUAUUUCCCUCACUCUCGAAGGGACGGUCUUGCAUUCCGAAGAGACAGAGAAAAGGAAUCAUGGUCUGGAGAGACACGCCAAGAUGGAGAGAGCAAAACAAUCAUGCUAAAACGUAUCUAUCGUUCCACUCCGCCUGAGGUGAUAGUUGAAGUGCUGGAGCCCUACGUCCAUCUUACUACUGCCAAUGUCCGUAUCAUCAAGAACAGAACUGGCCCCAUGGGUCACACUUAUGGCUUUAUAGACCUCGACUCCCAUGCAGAAGCUCUUCGAGUAGUGAAGAUUUUGCAGAACCUUGAUCCACCGUUUAGCAUUGAUGGGAAGAUGGUAGCUGUAAACCUGGCUACUGGAAAACGAAGAAAUGAUUCUGGGGACCAUUCUGACCACAUGCAUUACUGUCAGGGUAAAAAAUAUUUCCGAGAUAGGAGAGGAGGAAAUAGAAAUUCAGAUUGGUCCUCAGAUACAAAUCGGCAAGGGCAACAGUCAUCCUCUGACUGCUACAUAUAUGACUCUGCUACUGGCUACUAUUAUGACCCCUUGGCAGGAACUUACUAUGACCCCAACACCCAGCAAGAAGUCUAUGUGCCCCAGGACCCUGAAUCACCAGAGGAAGAAGAGAUCAAGGAAAAAAAAUCUACCAGUCAAGGAAAGUCAAGUAGCAAGAAAGAACCGACUAAAAGAGAUAGCAAAGAGAAGAAAGACAGAGGAGUGACAAAGUUUCAAGAAAGUACCAGUGAGGGGAAGUCCCCCCCAGAAGAUGUUUUUAAGAAGCCCCUGCCUCCUACAGUGAAGAAAGAAGAGAGUCCCCCUCCACCUAAGGUGGUAAACCCAUUGAUUGGUCUCCUGGGUGAAUAUGGAGGAGACAGUGACUAUGAGGAAGAAGAGGAAGAGGAACAGGCCCCUCCUGUGCAGCUUCGCACAGCACAGCCUCAGCAGCGGGAGGAGCUGACCAAGAAAGAGAAUGAAGAAGACAAACUCACUGACUGGAAUAAACUGGCCUGUCUGCUCUGCAGAAGGCAGUUUCCCAAUAAAGAAGUUCUUAUCAAACACCAACAGCUGUCAGACCUGCACAAGCAAAACCUGGAAAUCCACCGGAAGAUAAAACAGUCUGAGCAAGAGCUAGCCUAUCUGGAGAGGAGAGAACGGGAGGGAAGGUUUAAAGAAAGAGGAAAUGAUCGAAGGGAAAAGCUCCAAUCUUUUGAUUCUCCAGAAAGGAAACGGAUUAAAUACUCCAGGGAAGCUGACAGUGAUCGUAACCCUGUUGAUAAAGAAGAUACUGACACUAAUAGCAAAGGAGGCUGUAACCAGCAGGCCACUGGCUGGAGGAAAGGGGCAGGCCUGGGAUAUAGCCAUCCUGGAUUGGGUUCGUCAGAGGAGACUGAAGGAAGGAUGAGGGGACCUGGUGGUGGCGCCCCAGGAAGAACCAGCAAGAGACAGUCCAAUGAAACUUACCGAGAUGCUGUUCGAAGAGUUAUGUUUGCUCGAUAUAAAGAACUCGAUUAAGAGUGGAGACACCCCACAAGGACACAACCUCCUUCUUGUUUUGUUUGUCCAUCUCUCCUUUUGUUUUGUUACUGUUCUUGCUGCUAGAACUUUUUUAAAUAAACUUUUUUUCAAUGUGAA